AUGAUUCAGAAGCAAGCUAGAUUGAAAAAUCAUCCGAACGUGGUAGCUAGUGAACACCUAAACCCCAACGAUCCACGACCCAGAGAUCCAAAGAGAGAAAGACCGAAAGACAAUCGUGUGUUCAAAACAAGAGCGGAUGACAUCAAUGAUGAUAAAGAGUUUAGUGUUUACAAUAAGAACGAAAGGUUCUGUUCAUUUCACGAAAGAAAGGGACACAAACUCGGUGAGUGUAAAGCCUUUAGUAAAAAGACUUUGGAAGAAAGAACUGAUUGGAUUAAGAAAGCCGGUCUCUGUUUCCGAUGCCUGGUCGGGAAACAUCGAGCGAAGCAAUGUAAGGAAAAUGUGAAAUGUGGGAAGUGUAAGAGCGAACGACAUCCAACAAUAUUACACAAAGAUAAGGUCGAGAAGCAAGAAAAACGAGGAGAGAAAUAA